AUGGUUGCUGAUACUAUUAUUUACCACCCUACAUUAACCAAGUUGGUUAAAUUUUGGGAUUCAACCCCCAAAAGAGAAAAAUCAUUUAGAUUAUUGGCGUACUUGUCCCGAUUCUUGUCGUACUAUGCUUACAGAAAGGGUUAUCCUAAGGAAACCAUAGAGAUGUUUAAAGGUCUCAAGAACCACUUUUCAUUCAUUAGAAAAGGUAUGAGAUUUUUCAAACCAAUUCCUCAUUUACAAACUGCUGCUAAAGCCUAUGAUAAUCAAUUAAUGGAUCCUGUUUUACAAGUUACCACCAUUAUUAGAAACUUGGGUUAUGCUGGAUACUUGGGAAUUGACUCAGUGGUAUUUGCCAAGAUGUUGGGCCUUAUUGAUUCGAAAAAAUGGCCAAACUUGUCAACUUAUGCUAGUAGAUUCUGGUUAUUGGGUUUAGUGGCUGGUAUCAUCCAUUCUUUGAGAAUCAUCACCUCAUUAUCAAACUACAAACGCGAUCCAACUGAUGAAAAAUCAGCUGCUGCCGUCGAUGAAAAAUCCAUCAGCAAACAAUUGUAUCAAGCAAAGAGAAAAUUGGUUUGGGACUUGUUGGAUAGUUUUAUUGCUUUGAAUACCUUGAACUAUUUGCACUUUACUGAGGGUGAUAUUGGUUUAGCUGGUGUUAUCACUUCGAUUUUCGGAUUGGAGGACAUGUGGAAAGCAACAACCGUUUAA